GAUGCUGAGGUCCUGAGGCUGAGGUGCUGAUGAGGCGGUGCUGAGGUGCGGGAUCGGACCCGUCGUGCGGGAGGCGCUCACGCUCCACGGUCAGCAGCAGCAGCAGCAGCAGCAGCUGCAGGAGAGCCGGGGGAGUCGCAUCCGUGCAGACUGGAGAGCAUCCCAGAGCGUCCCGGCGAAGAGCCUGAGGAGGAGGAGGACUGCGACCCGCGCUGGACUCCUGGCCGAUCCGGAGCAUCCCAGUCCCGUCCAGCAUCCCUGCAUCCCUCCCUCCCUCCAUCCCUCCCUCCCUCCCCCCGCACCCCAGCCCCUGCUCCAGCUCCAGCUCCAGCUCCAGCGGGAGGCCGGGAGCGGCGGCACGAUGUAGCAGCGGAUUAACGGAGGAGAGGAGAGAGGGGCUCACAGGCAGAGCUGGACCGGGAGGACCGGGAGGACCGGGAGGACCGGGAGGACCGAGCGGACCGCGGGACCGGGGCGGGACGGAGGGGACAUGGGGAAGGACCAGGAGCUGCUCCAGGCCGCCAAGACCGAGGACUUACUGACAGCUCAGCGGCUCCUACAGAGACCACGGCCGGGGAAAGCCAAGCUCCUCGGAGCAGCGAAGCGGAUCAACGUCAACAUCCAGGAUGCAGAUGGGCUGUCACCAUUGCAUCAUGCUGCUCUGAGCGGUAACAAGGAGAUGAUCUCUCUGCUGUUGGAGGCCCAGGCAGCAGUGGAUAUUAAAGACCAUAAAGGAAUGCGUCCUCUUCAUUAUGCUGCAUGGCAGGGGAAGACUGAGCCGAUGAAAAUGCUGCUGAAGGCAGGCUCGUCAGUCAACGGACAGUCAGAUGAAGGACAGAUCCCCCUCCACCUGUCAGCUCAGCAUGGACACUAUGAUGGGUCAGAGAUGCUACUACAACACCAGUCCAACCCCUGCAUCUCAGACUCUGCUGGGAAAACUCCGCUGGACCUUGCUUGUGAAUUUGGACGUGUUGGAGUGGUCCAGCUUCUGCUCAGCAGUAACAUGUGUGCCGCCAUGCUGGAACCAAAACCCUCGGACCCCAACGGCGUGUCUCCUCUGCAUCUCGCAGCGAAGAAUGGACACAUAGAAGUCAUAAGGUUGCUGAUUCAGGCCGGUAUAGACAUCAAUCGACAGUCUGAGUGCGGCACAGCUCUACAUCAGGCUUCUCUCUGUGGGAAGACAGAGGUGGUGCGCCUACUGUUGGAUAGCGGCAUCAGCGCAGGAGUGAGGAAUACUCUGAGUCAGACCGCUUUGGACAUCGUUAACCAGUUUACCACCACACAGGCCAGCCGGGAGAUCAAACAGCUACUUAGAGAUGCCUCAGCUGCAAUGCAGGUGCGAGCACUGAAGGACUACUGCAACAACUACGACCUCACCAGCCUCAACAUUAAAGCUGGAGACAUUAUCACGGUUUUAGAGCAGCACUCUGACGGCAGGUGGAAAGGCUGUAUCCAUGAUAACCGCACUGGAAAUGACCGGGUGGGCUACUUCCCCUCUAACAUGGUGGAAGUCAUCAAGAGGGCAGGUCACUCCCCAUCCCAGCAGUGCCACACCCUCCUCCUCCGCAGGCCCAACCCUUGUCCCAUUGGCUCGCCCAACGGACACUCAUACCCCCCCACCAAAGUCCUCCCCCUGCAUUUGCCCACCCCUCCUCCCCUUCAUCCCGACAUACAGUCUCUCCCUCGCUUCUCCUCAUUUGGGUACGUUCCUCUUCCCAUCUCUCCUCCCUCUCUGUCUACUCCUCUGUCCUCUUCUCCUCCUCUCUCCACUUCUCAGGAGCAGCAAAGUCAGACAGGUUCAAGGACUGCAGAGCUGAGUCCUCAGGACUCUCCUACCUUGGGACACCAUAGCAGCACCAGUGAGGACAUCUGGGUGUUGCGUAAACCACUGGCAGCUGGUGAGCGCAGCGGCAGUGUCGGCAGCCUCGGAAGUGCUCGGUCAUCCAGCAGCCUGCAGAGCUCUGGAAACACUCAUGUUCUGACCACACCCGCACCCAGUCCGCACCCGGCGCUCACACCGGGAGUCAACACUCAUGGCCUCAACGCGCCAGGCCUGCAUGCACAAGCAGAAGGGGUCAAGCUCCUGGCCACUGUGCUCUCUCAGUCGGCAAAAGCUAAGGAGCAUCUCUUGGAGCAGUCGCAGUCUGUUGAGCAGUCAGCAAGCCCGUCCAGCUGCACGGUUCAUGACCAGCGCUCCUUUGAGCGGAAAGCAGAAGAAGAUGACGGGAAAAAGCAGGCAGUAGUGACGUGGUUGGGUGAGUUUCAGCUGCAGUUCUACACCACCCACUUCCUCACCGCCGGAUAUGAUCUAGACACCAUUAGCUGCAUGACCCCUGAGGACCUGACGGCAAUCGGGGUCAUGAAGCCCGGACAUCGAAAGAAGUUGACAUCAGAGAUCAGCAAACUGCCCUCCACAGACUGGCUGCCAGACCACAAGCCCGCCAACCUGGGAGACUGGUUGUCUCACCUGGGACUCAGUCAGUACUACCAGGUUCUUGUGCAGAAUGGAUAUGAAAACAUUGACUUUGUCUCGGACAUCAGCCUUGAAGAUCUUCAAGAGAUUGGCAUCACGAAGCUUGGACAUCAGAAGAAACUGAUGCUGGGAGUAAAAAGACUGAAGGAACUAAAGACAAGAGAAAGCAGCUCCGAGGCUCCUCAAAGCCUCCCCUCACCUCCGUCCAGCCCCGGCGGCAGCAGGGAGGAGAAGAGGCAGAGGGACGGCGCUCCCAGCCCUCUGGCCAAACCUCGCCCAGGUCCCCUAUAUUACCAGACCCCACCCCACACCCCCACCCAGACCCCACCACAAACCCCUCCACACGGCCGCACGCACCAGGCCUCGCCCCGGGCCCGGCCCAGACCCUCCACCCAGAUAUCUUCAGUGCCAACGCUGCGGCUGCCCUGCGAGGAGGAAGAGCGGCAAAGGACUCACAGUCUCAUUGGCUCUGAGUCAGACUCUAGAUACGCCACCGUGUGCCGCAGCAGUUCCACACACACUCCCGCCCCUAAUGAUGUCACGGUCAACCGCAGCCAUUCUUCUGUCACUCUCCGACCCCGUCGGAAAGGUCGGCCCCCAACGCCACCUAAGCGGUCCUGCUCUUCCAUUACCGGGGGUGAUGGGGAGGGAGAGGGACAGGUGGCCGGGCUGUUAGGGCUCCCUACUUAUCGAGAGCGGAGAGCCAGCGACUGCGGGACGCUGGGAGCAGCUUUGAAAUCUCAGGACUCCACGGGCCUGGAGAGAUCAGAGGGCGCUUCUGGCAGCGUUCGCAGCCUUGCGGCUAUGCUGGAAACAUCUAUCGUGCAGAGGAAUCCUGGGAGCGGCACUACUUACCUACAGUGUGAUCCCCAGGCUAGUCCACCGCAACUUCGUCGCCAGGCAGGUGCCGGAGGUCUCGGUGCAGAGGAGGAUGAUGUUCUGACUCGGCGCAGGACCAUCAGUGGACUGGAAGGCCUACCUGGCGAACAUACUGAACAGUUACCUCGACAACCGGUUCAGCAACGUCCAGAGCCCCGACCCCGCUCCAUCGUGGUCACCUCCUCGUGCGAGAGCGCAGACGGCACAGCGACCCUCCGGAAGAAGCCGCGUCCUCCGGUGACAGACUCUGAAGCGCCCGCGCCCGCGUCCACCACUGUUGUUACCAUGACAACCGGCUCAGAAACCAUGCGGAGAAGACAACGCGCAUCCGGGCAAGUGGAACGGGUCAACGAAAGCAAUAAUCUGUCCAAUUCUACCAAUAGUAGCCGGAAAGCCGAUGGCGAGGCGCAGCAGAACAAUGGCGUAGUGCUGAGGCGGAGGCCGGUGUCCGAGGUCUCCGAGAGGACAGAGGCCACCAGGGAAAGCUGUGAAUGGAUGGAGGCCAGGAAGUCUUUGAAACCACCAGUCUCACCCAAACCAUCCACAGCCACUCUGAGGACGACGCAGGCUGACCCUCCUACCCCGACUCGCAGGGUCCCCAUACCCGGGCCCGAUAACACUGUGGAGAAGCCACAGAGCCCCGAACUGAAGCGUGUUCCUCCUCCAGUAUCCCCAAAACCACGUGGGCCCCCGACUGCACCUAAACCCGGCAAAGCAAUAGUAGCUUCAGCUGCCAUGAGCCCAAGCCCUGCUGCCACAAGCCCGGCUGCAGUCAGCCCCACCCCGGCCCACAAACCCUCCUCUCCACUAUACGCUGCACCGCUUCCAGCUCCCGACACCCCCUCCGCCCCCUCCCUCUCUCCAGGACUCCCUGUAACUUCCCCCUCUCCAGCCCAGAGUCCCUCCACCCCGUCUCCACAUCCUGUCAAACCUCCUCGCUCCUCCAUCGCCGGUCUCUCCAUUGACCUUCUUGGGAUGCGGGAUGCGGAGGAGGAAGAAGACAGGAGGAGAGAGAAGGAGCACAAGAGACAAACUGAGCUGGAGGAGGAGAGGAAGGUAGCAGAGGAUGGGAACCUGAAGGAUCUGGAGAUGAAGCCUUUGAGGAGGGAAGGAGUGAUAGAGAGUCAAGUAAUAGAAGUGGAGCAGGAGGAGGAGGAGGUUCAGCAACGGUUGGAGGAGACUAGUGCCUCCCUCGCUGCAGCUCUGCAGGCUGUUGAGCAUAAAAUCAAAGAGGAGGACACGCAAAAUGACUCUCUUUCCAGCAAAACAGCAACGGGGUCCAUCCUGGACGACAUAGGCAGCAUGUUCGACGACUUGGCCGACCAGUUGGAUGCAAUGCUCGACUGAUCUCUUAACAGCAUCUCAUUCCCAGCACGUCCUUUCUUUCUCCCCCCUCCAUCAUGUGUACGUGUUCAAAUCGCAGCUGGAGCUUAAAGAGCGCGUGUACCAGUGUGCAUCCAUCCUGGGUGAGCGCUUUCCAAGUAGCCUUGUACAGCACUGAGGAUGGAGUCCUCUUUGUCUGGUGCAGUAGCUGUAGCUCCUCCUACUGAUGAGAGGAGGCCGCUCCCACACAACUUCUGACCUCUGCAGCCCAGCGUGUCACCGCCGCCCAACCUCAGACUGCUGUGUGGACCGAGAAGCACAACUAUUUUGCGCGUCCUUUUAUUUCUAAAAGACUCCGGCGAGGACAGACGUGACAGUGAAGUCUGACAGACAGACAAAUAAGCAUAUUGCUUGCAAAACUAAGCACAUUACUUGUCUGACAGGCAGAUGGAUAGCUAGAUAGAUAAAUACUUGUGAAGUACCAGAAAAAAAAAAGUCAAAGCACACAGAAAAGCAGCCCACUUUUGAGUUGGUCUCAUUCCUGCAAAGUUCAAAGGAUGAUAUUUUUUGUUCUCUUUUUUUUGCCAGAUAAAUUGUAACCUCUAUUUCUUCUGUAUGGGUGGAGGAUUGUGGUUAGCUGGGUUUCCUGAUCUGUGUGUUGUUUCUGUUCAUGUUGUUGUUGUUGCUAUUAUUGUUGGCAUUGUUGUUGUUACGAGUGUGCGUAGUCCCUGCUGUUGCUCAUGCCAAUGUCCUCCCACUCAUGCAGUGGUUAUUCUAAUGAUCAGAAAAACAACAUAAAUGUGCAUCCAUAAAUCUUGAGACAUUUGCAUUAAACAAACAAAUACACACCUAAAUGCACAAUACAGUGGUUUAAAUAUUGAUGCUGUUCUGCUUUGUUGAUGUUCAGCUCCAUGUAUGGAGGUUUGCUUGGAAGUGAUUCCGCACACGCAGUGCAUGACAAAUAUUGACACACACACAUUCACAUGCAAAAAACACACAAGUACAAGCACAACCAUGUGGUAUAUCUCUUUGUCCUGCUGCAGUGAACAGUGUUUUCAAAAGAUACUCCUAUAUUUCAAUGCUUUCUAUAGUACAUCCAAUAUACAUACACACAUAGUUUAUUAAUUCCUGGAUAUACGAGCUGUUAGAGCUCCCUCUAGUGUUGGAUAGUGAAACUGCCUUUAACCUGCCCAUAAUCUUCUCCAUUUUUAUCUCCUCGUGUGUCUCUGCAAAUAUCUGUGCCUUUGUAGUGUUCUUCAUAUGUUCUUUUUUUCUUUUUCAUGUUGUUUUCACCAAAACGUUUAAUUAUUUUGUGCUCUCUUACAAACCCUUGUGUAUCUGUGAUGUUAGCCUCUAAGUUAAGUUGUAAGUCCUUCAUGAGCCCUAAAUUCAGUCACUCUGUGUGAGACCUCUUGUAGCCUUUGCAGAGCCUUUUAUGAGGUCAUUACAAUCCCGCCCCCACCCGCCUUGUAAACACUAAUGAGUUGGCUCUGUCCUCCUCGAGUCCCAUUUUCAAUGGUUCCUUCAUGUAAGCCGGACCGUCGAUCAAUCACCAGUUUUCAUCCCAGUGAAGAGUCUACUUGUAUUUUUAUGCUCUUUAAAACAAAGAUAUAUUUGAGAGACAGGCAGUUCUAUGUGAAUUAUUAUGCUAAUGAUGAUGAUGAAGAAGAAGAAGAUGAAGAAGAAUUAAACACUGAAUUGAGGUUAGCUGAUCAAGCCUGUACGCUUAUGGUUGAGUUUUGGAUGUGUUGUGAUGGCUGUUGGGCCAUGGUUGGGUUAAGGUUGUGUUUCUGCUGUGACAAUGCAUUCCUGUACAGAUGUGAUCAGAAUAAAUGUAUACAUUAAACCUUA